AUGACUGAGAGAUUGUUAAUUAGAGCAAUAAAGGGUCAUGGACAAACUCAGAUCGUUACUUUGAAUGGGAAAAAAAUAAGAAAGAUGCCCUCGACUUUAGAACUACUGCCUGACCUGAAGAAUCUAUGUCUUCAAAAUAACCUAAUCUCCAAAGUGUGCCCAGAGAUAAGCACCUUGACCCAGUUGAAAAUACUAAAUCUAGGAAACAACCUUUUAGAAGAAGUCCCAGAAGAGAUGAAAUACCUUACCUCCUUGAAGAAGCUUCAUUUAUUUGGAAAUAAGAUUUGUAGAUUUGCAUCUGGAGCAUGUGAUGGCUUACAAAAUUUGAUCCUGCUUAAUCUGAACAGAAAUCASCUUACGUGGCUUCCUCAAGAAGUCAGCAAAUUAAAAAGCCUUACACAUCUGAGUUUAAAUUGCAAUAAGCUAGUCAGCAUUCCCACAGAACUUUGUCUCCUUAAGAAUCUUCGUGAACUUCAACUUAACUACAAUGAACUCAGUUGCAUACCUGAAGAGAUUAAAUUCUUGAAGAAGCUCCGGAAGUUUCUUCUGGUCAGGAACUACAUUGAAGUUUUGCCAGAGGGGAUUUGUCAUCUUAAAAAUCUAAGGAUUCUAGACAUAGCUGGAAAUACUAUUCAGAUAUUUCCACCAGGAUUUCAGAAUCUGAAGCUGAAGGAAUUCUACUGUGAGGAAAACCCACUUUUCGUGAAGYGGCCAGCCAUUGCUCUGCAACAAGAGGACAUCUGGAGUUUACAGGAAAUAACAUCAAGAUAUGUCAUGAAUCAGCUAGCAAAAAAGCAUCCUUUCCUAAUGUGUGCUAUUGAACAGUAUCCAGAGGUCAGGAACUUAAUCUCUCAGGGAAAAAAAUGUCCAAUAUGUGGAAAAUAUUUUUUAUCCAUAUGGCUGGAAUGUGUUCGGUUCAUUCCUCCACCAAAGAACUGGAAGAUAAGCAGAAAUCUACAGCUGGUACCUGUCCAGGUAUUAAUUUGUUCUUACAAAUGUUUAAAUCGGCGUGACCCUAACCUCUUUGGAAUUGCUCAUAUGUAG